UCUCAUCAGAUGGUAACAACUUUGGUCUACCCUGCCAACGGCGAGUCGUCAUUGUCAUUCGUCAUCGCCGGAGCUGACCCCCCCCUACUCUCUCUUUCUCCAACUUCUUCACCUACACCCUCACAUGGUGUUCUUAUGCAAUGCCCUCUCUCUCUUCCUCAUCUCGCAUCUUUAGACCACCAUUUCGAACCAAACCCAAACCCAAACCCAAACGCCAUUGCAUUGUCCAACCCAUUCUCGAACUCUUCUCUAAAGGCCACAUCAAACAAGCCCUCGAAUCUCUAGGCCUCCUAGCUCGUAAAGGCAUUCGAUUAGACUCUCGCACUCUUGCUUCUUUCUUGCAAGAGUGUGCGAACACUAAGUCUUUGAAAGAAGGGAAAUGGGUUCACCUCCAUUUGAAACUCACGGGUCUGAAGCAACCCAAUACGUUUUUAUCGAACCAUUUGAUCAAUUUGUAUUGCAAAUGUGGCAACCAUGUGGGUGCACGUAAAGUGUUUGAUAAAAUGUCUGUGAGAAAUUUGUAUUCUUGGAACAAUAUGCUUUCUGGGUAUGUGAAGUUGGGGAUGGUAAAGCCUGCUAGGAGGUUGUUUGAUCAAAUGCCUGAGAAAGAUGUUGUCUCGUGGAAUACGAUGGUAAUUGGGUAUGCGAAGAGCGGGUAUUGCGAUGAGGCUUUACGGUUUUACAGAGAUUUCCGGAGAUUGUCAAUUGGGUUUAAUGAGUUUAGCUUUGCUGGUGUUUUGACUGUGUGUGUGAAGUUGAAGGAGUUGGGACUUUCCAGGCAGGUUCAUUGUCAGGUUUUGGCUGCUGGGUUUUUGCCAAAUGUGGUUCUUUCGAGUUCUGUGGUUGAUGUUUAUGCCAAAUGUGGGGAGAUGAGUGAUGCCAGGAGAUUGUUUGAUGAGAUGACCAUCAGGGAUGUCCUUGCUUGGACUACCUUAGUCUCGGGAUAUGCCAAGUGGGGUGAUAUGAAAUUGGCUAGUGAAUUGUUUGAUAGGAUGCCUGAGAAGAACCCUGUCUCAUGGACCUCUUUGAUUGCUGGGUAUGCUCGAAACAAUAUGGGAAACAACGCCCUUGAAUUGUUCACAAAGAUGAUGUUGUUUCAAAUCAGACCAGAUCAAUUCACUUUCAGCAGUUGCCUCUGUGCGUGUGCUAGUAUAGCUUCACUUAAGCAUGGCAAACAAAUUCAUGCCUAUUUGAUUCGAAGUGGUUUCAAACCUAAUGCAAUUGUUGUGAGCUCUCUUAUCGACAUGUAUUCAAAGUGUGGAUGUUUGGGGGUUGGAAGGCAGGUCUUUGACAUUAUGGGUAAUAAGCAAGAUUAUGUGUUAUGGAACACGAUGAUAUCAGCUUUAGCACAGCAUGGUUGUGGUGAAGAGGCAAUACAGAUGUAUAAUGACAUGGUGAGAUCAGGUGUUAAGCCUGACCGGAUAACCUUUGUUGUCAUACUCAAUGCAUGCAGCCACUCUGGCCUUGUAGAAGAGGGGCUUACGUAUUUUCAGUCAAUGACUAAAGAACAUGGCAUUGUUCCUGACCAAGAACAUUAUGCAUGCUUAGUUGAUCUCUUGGGUCGAGCUGGAUGUUUUGAUGAAUUGAUGAACCAGCUUGAUAAGAUGCCUUGCAAACCUGAUGGUCUGGUGUGGAAUGCCUUACUUGGUGUUUGCAGGAUUCAUGGAAACUUAGAGUUAGGGAGAAAAGCAGCUGAAAACCUUAUUGAAUUGGAGCCUCAAUCCUCUGCAGCUUAUGUAUUACUUUCAAGUAUUUAUGCGGCUCUUGGGAAGUGGGAGUCUGUAGAGAAGGUGAGACAGCUUAUGAAAAAGAGACAUGUGAAGAAAGAACGGGCUAUUAGUUGGGUAGAAAUGGAAAAUAAGCUUCAUGCUUUUACUGUAUCAGAUAGGUUGCACCCAUUGAAAGAGGAAAUAUACUCGGUUUUGGAACAGUUAGCUGGCCAGGUGGAAGAUGAUGCCUUAUUACUUCAUACUCCAUGAUAAACCUUUGUCACGUUCCUUUUCCAACUGCGAAUCACAGAAAAACUGUAGCAACUCUACCUCCAUGUGCUUCCAUGACAUGUAUAAUUUUUCUUUCAUAGUCAAUAAUGGGGAGGUGUGCAUGCAAUUAAGAUCACUGCUUUCUCAAUUCCAUAGAUUGGAAUCUUCACAACAAUAUAGUUUGAGUUCCUUUUUCCCCCUCCCCCUUUAGAUAUUUAGAUAGGUGACCCUUUGAAUAUGUUUUGGUUUGUUUUGUGUCAUUGUUUAUCUCAUUAUUUUUCUCCGGUAAAUUGGAAAUGAGAUUCUCUGUUUCACUCUUUCACUAAACUAUUUAUUUCCUUUUCGUUCCUUGAAAUGUAUCCAUUUCUAGAUAGAAGGGUAGUUCUCUCUUUAAACUGGAGCCUGCAGAUGAAGUGCAACUUUUAUGAAAGAAGUGGAAAAAACCACAUGAAAGCUGUCAGAACAGCAACAUGUGAUGUUGAUACAACAAACAGCUAUAGGAACUGACUUCCUUGUAUUGCUAUUCAUUCUUAGUGUUGAAGUUUGAAGACCUUAAUUAACUGCUUUAUCUUCGUUUUUCAGCAUUCUGGAAUUAUGUUGAUUAAUUGUUUUAUCUGCAUAUUUUAGUCGUUGUGUGUGUGCGUUUUCUUCUAGGCAAAUGUAGUAUACUGAAGCUUUAUAUUAUCCAAUACAAGUUUUCCUUCCUUUCUUUAUUUUUCUUCUUAUUCUCUUUUUCCUCUUUUGGGAUUGGUUUUUACUUUUUUUCUUUCUUUCUCCUAUUAAAGAGUUUAAGUUCAUUUAAUAUCCAUUUCAUUAGAUUUCAAAGCCAAUGUGUGAAAUUGUGCAAGUUUUUUAAGCAACCGGUUCAAAGAAAUCAACCAAAAUCAAGAAAAAGAUAAGAGCCGGCAGCAUCUGUUCUAGGGUUGUCCGUAUUCUUCAUUGAUGUGGCCUGAUAUUUUGUGCAUAAAUGUAGUGAAUAGAAGUUGCCUUCAAUGAAAUGAGGAGCUCCUAUGGACUCCUUUCCAGAUCCAUAGGACAAAGAACUUCAGAAACUCUAUUUAUAAGCUUUCCCUUGCUGUAGCAGUAUGUCAUAUUUGGAGGGAAAGAAACAAAAGGGAUUUUUCUAUUAUUGGGAGGGACAAUGCAGCUCUUUUCAAGGUGAUAAGCUCUUGGAAUUCAGUUUUAACUGUCAAGCUAAUUUGCAGUUAUGUGUAGUAUGGGAUAUUUUUACAAAAAAUUUGAAGCAAUAAUUUUUGGCUAGCAGAUAUGAAGCCCCCAGCAUGUUGUUAUCUUUCUAGUUUGCAGUGGCUCAUUGACUUGUUUAGCAGAUGAUGGUUUUGUUUGUUUAGUUCUGCAGAUUCCCCUUGUUUCAGAUAUAGCCUUUUGUUUUUGCAGCUAGGGGCUGGUAUUUUCUGAGUUAAGGGGGGUCUUCCCUCCUCUGUUGAUGUAGAUCUUUCCAAUCUUUUGAUAUAUAAAAUUCACUCACUGUCUUCUCAAAUUUUAAGAAGCUCUGCAAGUCUUUUUAAAUGACACCUUAAAAAAAUCAGGAAAAAGAUGGAAGGAGAAGAGGUAUCAUCACAGAUUAUGUUUAAAAUUUUUACUGCAAACACUAUUAUUGCUUCACUAUAAUUCCCCAGUGGUUAGUAAUCUGUCUUAGCUUUUUCUGAGACUCAGCGUUUGCAUUUUUUUAACAUUGCUUUAUACUUGUAAAUAAUUUUGAGGCUCUUGUAUCUCGCAGAUUUUAUGCCAGGCUGUCCAUAAUCAGAUGUUAUUUGAAAGUACAAAGAAUUAAAUGGCCAGUGUGUACUGUAGUGGAGGGCUUUUUUCAGCGAGCCAGAGGGUCAAGCUGGAGGUGUGCUCAGGGCUCAGGGCUGAGCAAGGCAUGCCCAAAUCUUGUAUGGUGUCUUCGGUGUCAUCGUUGAUUUCUCAGUCCUCGGUACCCUGAUCCAUUCCUAGUCGGGUAGUGUUAUCAAGAUUCAUAAUGCCUCCUCUCUCUCUCUCUCUCUGGCACUGUAGAAUUUUUAGCAGUUCAUAGUUUGUCCAAUCAUUGUAAAUUAUGGGUCUUUGUUCCAUUCUUCUUCUUCUAUACUUGUAUACAUACUGCUAUAAUUGCAUGCAUGCAUACUAAAACUAAUUGAUUGCAUCAUUUGUCAAAGUCAUGUUCUUUAAUUAUUUCAAAUUUAAGUUGUUGUGAAAGAUUUGGGUCUAUGCUGUUCUUUGUUCCUGAUUUGUCAUUUGUGAUCUUUGGUCCUUGAUUUUGAUGAAUUUCUGUGGUCAUGUUUCUUUUUUUUUGUCAUCAUUCUUUAUUUAUUUGUUUAUUUUUUCUGAUGCAAACAUUAGUGGGUAAAACCUGACUGGUAUCAUAUUAAAUACAGGGCAUUGAGUUAGUUGACUAUAUUCUUCAACUCCUCUAUUUUUGUUUAUCUACCUUGUCUGGAUUUUGUUUUUGUUUUUGUUUUCCCCCCUAUAACAAGCUUCUGUUGUGCGGAACCAUGGGUAUCUUGUUGUGUAAUAUAAAUGUAUGCUGUUGACUAUAUUAUUCAUUUUUGGGUUUUGUGGUUUUACUAUUGGCUUUACAAGAGUUAAAUUGGACUCUCCACCAAAGGAAUUCAGUGUGCAGAUCAAUACUGGAAGUGACAUCUUGUGGGUUACUUACAAUUCCUGCAAUGACUGCCCCCAAUCAAGUGGACAUGGUAUUGAGUUCAAUUUCUUUGAUGCUGCCAGCUCAACAACUGCUUCUCUGGUUUCUUGUUCAGACCCAAUAUUGUGCCUCUAUAGUUCAAACUGCUGCCGCUGAAGUGGGAAGUCUGAUUUAACACAAUUGGAGGUGCCUUUUGUUCGCCAACUCUUCGGCUCCAAUUGUUUUCGGGUGUAGCACCUAUCAGUCUGGGACUUAAGACAUAGAGCAAUUGAUGGGAUAUUUGGAUUUGGUCAACAUGAUCAGUCAGUCAUAUCACAGUUGUCAUCCCGGGGGAUUACUCCCAAAACAUUGCUUGAAAGGAGAGGGCAGUGGUGGUGGAAUACUAGUUCUUGGUGGGAUUCUGGAUCCUGGAUCCAGGAUCCGGGCAUUGUUGCAGUAUUAAAAAAAUUCUUCUUCCUUGAUUGUUCUCUUUUUUAUGGGUAUUGUGGUUAUAUGUGGGUGUGUGGGCAAUUCAAGUGUGCUACACGAAAGGCUUUUCAUUCAAUACGAAUGUGGAAUCUGCAUGUAAUAUAUAUUUACUGAAUCAGUUACCCUUUCUAUUCAACUGUCCAGUGCUAUUUGAU